AUGGAUAAUUUAAGGCGUAGACAUAUUACUUCUUUCCAAAAUGGAGUCUUGGAACCAAUUGUAUUCGACGAUAAACGAAAAUCUAUGAAAUCGAUUCUUUUAUCCUCUAUUAAAUUACAAAAGACAAUAGCGCCGGUUCUAUCUACGAUUCGAAACUUUUACAAUAAAUAUUACAAUACCAUUCAUCCUCUAUGCUUCACUUUCUUAUCUUUUUUGACGAGAUUUUAUUUAAUAUCAUUGUCAGAUGUCGUAAUGUGGGAUGAGUCACAUUUUGGCAAAUUUGCAUCGCAUUAUCUUAAUCGAGAAUUUUACUUUGAUGUACAUCCACCUCUUGGUAAAAUGAUAGUCGCAUUAGCAGGAUGGCUUGCUGGGUAUGAUGGAUCAUUUGAUUUUGAAUCCGCGACGAGAUAUCCAGAAGAUUUAAAUUAUACAUUUAUGAGAAUAUUUAUGGCAUCAUUUGGAGUUUUGAUGGUUCCUUUGGCAUAUUUCACGUCAAUUGAAUUGGGUUUUUCGAAACAUUCCACAAUUUUAGUAACUUUAAUGGUGUUGUUUGACACCGCUUAUCUUUGUAUAAGUCGUUUUAUUCUUUUGGAUGCGAUGUUAUUAUUUUUCACUUUGUUGACUCUAUUUUGCAUGACAAAAUUUCAUAAUCAAAGUUACCAUCCUUUUUCAGCCAAUUGGUGGAAAUGGCUCAUCAUGACCGGAAUUUCUAUUGGUUGCGUCUCCAGUGUUAAAUGGAUUGGAUUAUUUACGACGGCAUUGGUUGGAUUAUAUACAAUAGAGGAUCUUUGGAACAAACUGGGAGAUUUGAGUAUUCCAAAGAUAGAUUAUUUAAAACAUUGGAUGGCGAGAAUUAUUUGUCUUAUAGUUCUCCCAAUAUUGAUUUAUAUUGGGUGUUUUGCUAUUCAUUUCGCAAUUCUUACUCAUACCGGUCCUGGAGAUGAACAAAUGAGUUCUCUCUUUCAAGCUGGACUUAUUGGAAAUGACUUUGCAGAAAAUCCUCUUGAAGUGGCGUAUGGAUCACGUAUAACACUUAGGAAUACGGGAUUCGGUGGUGGACUUUUACAUUCUCAUGUUGAAGAAUAUCCCGGAGGAUCAGGGCAACAACAAGUAACCUGUUAUCAUCAUGAGGAUUUUAACAAUGAUUGGAUUGUGUUGAAGCCUAGAGAAAUGGAAAUUUACGACAAUGAAACCGAUGUUGAAUUUGUGAAUGAUGGUGAUACAAUUAGGUUGUUACAUCUUGCGACUGAAAGUAAUUUACAUAGUCAUAAAAUUCCUGCCCCUCUAACCAGAGCACAUUGGGAAGUGAGUUGCUAUGGAAAUGAUACAUUCGGAGAUGAGAAGGAUUCUUGGGUAAUUGAAGUUGUAGAUGAUGUAUACAAGAGGACAAAUCAUAUUCGAUCGUUAACAACUAUCAUGCGACUUCGUCAUAAAGUAUUGGGAUGUUAUCUUCGAGCUGCAAACGUAGGUUUACCAGAUUGGGGAUUUAGACAAGUUGAGGUAACUUGCGAUAAACGUAAUAAUCCAAAGGAUACUUAUACUCAUUGGAAUAUUGAACGACAUUGGAAUAGCAAAUUACCACCUGGUGGUAAAGCUAAUUAUAAGUCAAAGUUUUUACGCGAAUUCUGGAAUUUGAACGUUGCCAUGUAUUACGCGAAUAAUGCAUUAGUUUCCGAUCCUGAUGAUAAUGAUAUUCUCGCAUCUAAACCAAGACAAUGGCCAAUAUUAGAAGUUGGACUUAGGUUAUGUAGUUGGACAAGUGAUUCCAUUAAAUUUUAUUUACUUGGAAAUCCAGCUGUUUGGUGGUCUGGAACUGCCUCUUUGAUGUUGUUUAUUUUGACAUUAUUCUGGUAUUUAGUAAGACGACAAAGACAAUAUACUGAUUUUUCACCAGGAUUUUUAAUGGAUCAGUUUACCGCGUCUUGUAGUUUAAAAACAAAAAAUAUGAUAUUUGGGAUACAUUAUGCAUUAAUUAUAACGAUAUUUUGGUAUUUUAAAGAUAUAGCAUAUGGUGUAUCAUCUCCUAAUAUUGAAUUGAAGGAUAAAAAAUGGCUCAGUACUUGGGAUAUUGUAGAUUGA